AUGUUUUUAGGGCUGUUGCCCAUGCUGGGGCAUGGCGGAUUGGAGCUCGGGAAUCCGGCUCCUGGAUCCCGGUACAGGACCCGCGGAGAGAUCGCCGUGACGAUCGGCGCUCUCAAGGUAUGCUCGGGGGAUUUAGAACGGGGUAAGAUGCUUCAUCUCGAUGCGAUCGAGAGUGGGAUUCACACGCACCCUCACGUCGCGGCGGCGCUGGUGAGCAUGUAUGCGAGGUGUGGGAGCUUGGCGGAGGCGCACAGGGUUUUCGAAGAGAUGCCUCGGCGUAAUGUGGUCUCUUGGAACGCAUUGAUUCAGGGGUAUGCCGAGAAUGGACAGGAGAAUUUGGCUAUGGAAUCGUUCGUGGUAAUGCAGGACAGGGAAGGACUUUGUCCGAAUUCUCAGACUUUUGUGGCGGUUCUCAAGGCUUGCACCAACAUGGCAACUAAAGGAGAGAGAGCAGGCGAUGGGGUCUCGGUGAAAGAACAGGCUUUAGAGAAGGGGAUGGCGCUUCACUCUCACGCAACAGUCAGUGGAUUCGAGUUGAAUGAGUUUGUGGCGAACAGUCUUGUGGAGAUGUACGCGAAGUCUGGAAGCAUGGAGGAUGCGAGCCGAGUUUUCUUCGGGAUGAAAUCACGGAGCGUCGUUUCGUGGACUGCUAUGAUACUUGGUUUCGCAGAAAAUGGUGAAGAAGAACUUGCUCUGGAGCUGUUCGACCUCAUGCUAGAGACUCAAAGUUGCCGGCCAGAUGCGCUUACAUUUGUUGCUGCUAUCAAGGGCUGCACACGCUUAGCUAUCAAGGAAGAAGGGAGGCUGAUCGGGAAGAGCCUUGUCAAAGUCACAAGUCUGGAGAAAGGCAAGAUCGUCCACACUAGAGCUAGAAACAGCGGCUGCCAGUCGAGCAUUGUUUUGGAGAGCGCACUUGUGGACAUGUACUCGAAGUGUGGCAGCAUGGUGGAUGCACGAAGGGUCUUUGACAGCGCGAAGUGUCACAACGUUGUGUCCUGGAACUCACUGAUACAGGGAUAUGUCGAAAACGGGGAAGAAGAUUUGGCUCUUGAGUCACUCCUUCGCAUGCAAGCGGAAGAGAACUGUCAGCCAGAUGCUCGCACGUUUGUCGCAGCUUUUAAAGCAUGCGGUGGCUUGGCGGCGAAAGAGAAUGGCAAGAAGCUGGACGAUCUUCCAAAGCUGGUGAAGGUUCAGUCUCUAGAGAAAGGCAUGGCCUUGCACGCUCGGCUGGCAAAGAGCACUUGCGGCCCGGACGUGUUCCUGACGAAUACCUUGGUAGACAUGUACGCUCGGUGCAGAAGCAUGCAAGACUCUCAGAAGGCAUUCGAUCAAAGUUCCCAUCAUACUACAGUUUCGUGGAACGCCUUGAUUCUUGGAUACGCAGAAAACGGGGAAGGCGAAGCUGCUCUCGAGUUUUUUCAACAAAUGUUAGCAGCAGGGGAGUGUCCACCGGAUUGUCUCACGUACGUUGCCGCGCUCAAAGCUUGCAACACCGUAGCAGUGACGGAGAAACAACUUGUAAAUGGUAAGCCACAUAACUGGAGAUCACUUGAGACUAAAUUUGCUAUCCACUCGCAUGCCUGUGCUCACCCUGACGUGUUUCUCGCCAACACACUUGUGGAUGCUUAUGCGAGCUCUGGAAACAUGUUCGAUGCUCGCAGGGUAUUCGAGAGUAUGAACUUUCGUACUCUUGUUUCCUGGAACACUCUAUUGCAUGCAUAUGCUGACUGCGGGCAGGUAGAAGAAACUCUGGAGCUGUUUCCUUGGAUGAAGAAGGACGGAUACAGGCCAGAUUGUCGAACUUUUGCUGCUCUACUCAAGGCCUGUGGACUCUUGGUGACUUUGAGUAUUGGGAAAGCAGUCUACAGAGAUAUAUGCCGAAGUGGUUUCGAGGACGACAUGGUUUUACUCACGGCAUCGGUGGACAUGUUUGGGAAAUGUGGGAGCAUGGCCGAGGCACAACAUAUCUGCGAUUCUAGCACAAGUUCUGAAGUUGUGACCGCACUAGUAGUCGGAUACAGUCGACAAGGAGACGUUGGACGUGUUUUGGGCCUGUAUCAUCAGAUGAGGGACGAAGGUGUGAAGAUCACCAGUAAUUGCUUCGUGUCAGUUCUCGCUGCAUGCAGCCACGGUGGCCUCGUUGAAACCGGCAAGAAGAUUUUCCGGACAAUGACCUCCCAAGAGUUUGGAAUUGUCCCGGGAAUGGAGCACUACGUCUGUAUGGUGGAUGUCCUCGGCCGCGCUAAUCAACUCGACGAGGCAGUCGAAAUGGUGAAGAGGAUGCCUUUCGACGCAAACGCCAUGAUCUGGAUGACAGUUCUUGCUGCAUGCUGCAAGUGGAACAAUUUGGAAACUGGAAGGCUGGCCUUCGACAGAUUGGUCAGUUUAGAUGCAAGCAACGGAGCAGCUUACACCUUGAUGGCCAACCUCUGCAAGAACAGUGAUCACCAGGAGCUUUCGAAUCACCAGUAGUCACCGCAAGAACAGCAACUUGGACAGAAACUUGGUAGCAGUGUGACAAUCCGAGCAGACACGCAAGUUCUUCAUUAUCCUAAUCGGCG